AUGAAUGAGAUAUACCAGUUGAGAGGUGAAGGAGACUACAGGUUUGUCACUCUACACUGGCAAUAUCCUACACAACUGGCCGGGCUUCAUGGCUUCCAGGUGGACUAUUGCGAACUUCAGGCUUGGGGGCCCAACCGCUGCAGAUCCAAAUUUCUAGAUGCCUCGUCUGGGGUACCUUACAUGGGUGAUCCAGAGUUCCGAGCAUACUCAGUGAUUGUCAACGGACUCAGGAUGGCGACCAAUUACAGCUUUGAGGUUCAGCCGAGAGAGUCUCGUAGGACAAGGUUCUACGUACAACCUCCGGCCUCGGCUCCUUGGAACCUCAAUCCAGCAGCCGAGAGAAUUGUGGUCACCACUAAAGGAUUUUCCGCGAGAGCCAGCUUAUGUCUACCCACAGCGAGUGAGGUGGAGGUGUGGACGGGGCCGUACUUCAGCGGCCGCAUUGCUGUGGAGGUAGCCGCAGGGGUACCGGGACCUUGUAGUGUAGACGGAGACCCAACAAGUCCACAGGACUCUUACACACUCAGGAUAGAUCACGAUCUAUGUGGCAGCAAGGUGAACCGCACUGCUGUCGAGACGUUUAUCCUCGUACAAGAGAACCUCCCUAUCCUGACACACAGUACUCGCAGGUUCCUGGUCUUGUGUACCUUCCAACCAGAGACACUCACUGUCAGAGCAGGACUCAACUUGCCUCACACAAGCAACGGUGUGACGAGUCCAGAGGCAGCCGAAGUAGACAACCAGGUUCACGAACACAACAACGUUCACGCGUCAGCACUACAACUGUCUGAUGAGUCUGCUCGUGCCUAUGCUGAACAAGUGUCCGAGGCCCACACAGUUAUGUUGUGUGUGGUCAUUGCGGCUGGACUUGUGGUGAUUGGACUUACGGUUUGGUGGUUUAUGCCUCUCAAGACAAAAUCAAGACGACAAUCAAUACUGUCCGAUGACACGACUUACACAUCAAACUCGACAGUUGAUGAGAACUAUGAGAACUCCAUCCGAGACUCAGAGCUGGACUUUGAGACGGCCAAUGACGUUUGUGAAGAGAGAGAUGAGAAUAUCUUGAGGGAAGGUGUGUGUAACGAGAUUCUACAAGAAACGUGCGUGUCUCUGAACGUAGAUUGGCAGGAUACCAUCAGACCGGAGUGUGCAACGCAAUCAGAAGCUUGAUCAACAAGUAAACUAGUGAAUGGAUACAGUUUUAAUAUCAAACGUUAUGGUGUACAAUGUACACUUAGGCUAAAAUGUGAAUUGCGUUAAAUUAUUUUAGUUUGAUGUGAAGACUAAAAUAUUUUAUGGGGCUAAACUGAAUGUAUUGUGGCAAGAGAUGAUAAGUUUACUUCUUAUCAUGUCGAAACAUGUUUUGAGCUUGAAAGAAAAGCUGGACAUACACAUUAGGUACUUUCAAAAG